CAUUUCCAAAAUGCUGAGGUGGUCCCGCACCUAUAUCUUGUCGCCGUCGUGCUACCUCUUAUCCAACACCUUUUGAUCGACACGUUUGCAGCAUGUUGACUGACGAGAAGCGCGUUGACGAUCACAAGGCCUACGCGCCUGGCGCGUCCACUCCAUCUGACUCGGGCUUCGAAAAUUUCCCAGGAACGAUCAACGAGAAGAGGCUGUUGCGCAUGCUUGACUUAAGACUGCUCCCUGCAGUAUCAAUUCUGUACCUGCUCAGUUUUCUUGACCGAAGUAACGUCGCCAAUGCGCGAAUUGAAGGGCUCACGACCGAUCUGCACAUGACCGGCAACGAGUACCUCACUGGUCUGACGCUGUACUUUAUCGGCUACGUCUUGUUCGAACUGCCCUGCAACAUCAUCUUGAAGCGCACGACUCCCAAGUUCUGGCUACCAACUUUGACGGUGGCAUGGGGAAUUGUCGCAACCCUGAUGGGUGUGACGCAGAAUAAGGCUGGGUUCUUCGUUGUGCGGUUCUUUCUCGGAGUAACGGAAUCUGGAUUGUUCCCGGGCGUCGUAUACUACCUGAGUAUGUGGUACAAACGAGAAGAGCGUCAAUACCGCAUUUCGCUCUUUUUUAGUUGCGCUUCUUUGGCAGGUGCUUUUGGUGGCAUCCUAGCAUGGGGUAUCAGCCACAUGCGGGGCGUGGGAAACUACGCUGGUUGGAGGUGGAUUUUCAUCCUGGAAGGUCUGCUUACCAUCAUAAUUGCGGUGGCUGCCUACUGGUUCAUUUCCAACUACCCGGAUACCGUUUCAUGGCUUUCUAAGGAGGAACGCAAAUUCGUCCAGGCGAGGCUCAAAGCUGACAGCGAUUCGACAAACGACGAAAAAUUCCGCUGGGGCGAUGUGGUGGAUGCGCUCAAGGAUCCAAAGGUUUGGCUGUACGGUGCUGCUUUCCACAGCAUGAGCCUGCCUUUAUACACGCUCUCUCUGUUCUUGCCUACCAUCAUACGUGAUAUGGGCUACACAUCUGCUCAAUCACAACUGCUUACCAUCCCACCUUACGCAGUCGCUACGAUCUUCACCAUCUUUUGGGCUAUUUGGUCAGAGAAAACCAAAAAGCGUGGUCCCUUUAUUACUGCCACAUCAGCGUUUGCAGUUAUUGGUUAUAUCAUCUUACUUGCCAAUAAGAACCCGAAGACCAGGCCGGGUGUCUCGUACGCAGGCAUGUUUCUCGCAGCAAUCGGCAUCUACCCAUCAGUCGCGCUGGUGCUUAGUUGGCCGGCUAUCAAUGUCUCUGGACAGACGAAACGUGCUACAGCCAACGCCAUGCAAAUCUCAAUUGGGAAUCUUGGUGCUGUUUUGGGUACGCAGCUGUACAGGCCCAACACGGCGCCACGUUAUGUUCUGGGUCACAGCUUUGCGCUCGGUUACCUAGUGAUGAACAUCGUUGUGGUCAACCUACUGUGGUGGAGACUGAAGCAAGAGAAUAAGCAGAAGCAGCAGUUCCUGGCUGAACAUCCUGAGAUGAACGGGUUUCACGACAGUGUGGAGGACCUGAAGCUCGGAGACCGUCAUCCACGAUGGAUCUUCCAGGCUUGAGCGACCUUGCAGCUUGACUGCUCAGAAUGAAGCGAAGGUGCAGUGAACUGCAUGGCAAUGGUGCGUCGAUGGGCGUUGUACCGACUGUAGGUUGUGUUUCAAUGACAUCCUCGAAUCAACGGGCUGUUCGGCUGGAGAUGAGCGCCAUCGUUGGGGUCAGUGAUCGUUCCCUUUCAAUCGAACACUAGUGCAGACAAUGUUCGUCAUUAAUGCUUUUCCACACCUUAGAAUUGCGAUGGUGGCUUUUCGACGGCUUCUCGACGGCUUCUCGAUGACUUCUUCGAUCGAGUGUAAGUAUGAGGAUGACCAUUAGAAAGGUGCUCAAUUGUCGAUCUCACGGUCGAAGCCAAGAGGCCAAUGCGCCCAGCCAAUAGAUGUGAAUCAGACUGUGUUGUAAC